AUGGAGAUCAUGAAGCCACCCCAAGUUAGAGAAUAUAAACACAGAUCCUCUUCUCAACCAUCAGAGUCCUCUGGUGCUAGGUACAGCAAGGAGUAUCCUUUUAAAGGAAUGGACAUUGUCAUGGGAGCAUGGCUAUUUCUCAGCUUGUUUCAUCACUUGAAGUACUUGAGUGUUGAUGAGCUUGUAUUAAGAGGCUUCAAUUACUGUGUCAUCGAUGAGGUCGAUUCAAUUCUAAUUGAUGAAGAAAGAACUCCUCUUAUUAUAUCGGGACCCGCUGAAAACCCAAGCGAACAAUACUACAAAGCUGCUAAAAUAGCUGCUGCUUUUGAGCGAGAUAUACAUUAUACAGUUGAUGAGAAGCAGAAAAAUGUUUUACUCACAGAACAGGGUUAUGCAGAUGCUGAGGAAAUUCUAGAAGUAAAGGAUCUAUAUGAUCCUCGAGAACAGUGGGCCUCAUUUGUCUUGAAUGUAAUAAAAGCUAAAGAGCUCUUUCUCAGAGAUGUCAACUAUAUCAUACGAGCCAAAGAGGUUCUCAUAGUGGACGAAUUUAGUGGUCGAGUCACGCAGGGGAGGCGUUGGAGUGAUGGGCUUCACCAAGCGGUGGAAGCCAACGAGAGCUUGCCCAUACAAAAUGAGACAGUGACACUGGCCUCAAUUAGCUACCAAAACUUCUUUCUUCGGUUCCCAAAACUUUGUGGCAUGACUGGCACCGCUGCAACUGAGAGUUCAGAGUUUGAAAGCAUUUACAAGCUCAAAGUUACAAUUGUGCCCACAAACAAGCCUAUGAUUAGAAAGGAUGAUUCAGACGUGGUGUUUAGGGCAACCACAGGAAAAUGGCCGAUGGUGGUUGUAGAAAUUUCUAGAAUGAACAAGACAGGGCGGCCUGUGCUUGUUGGGACAACCAGUGUUGAACAGAGUGACACAUUGUCCAAACAACUCCGUGAAGCUGGAAUCCCUCAUGAGGUUCUAAAUGCCAAACCAGAAAAUGUUGAAAGAGAAGCUGAGACUGUGGCACAAAGUGGUCGCCUUGGGGCAGUUACUAUUGCUACAAAUAUGGCGGGCCGGGGAACCGAUAUAAUUCUUGGUGGUAAUGCAGAGUUUAUGGCUAGGUUGAAGCUACGUGAGUUGCUCAUGCCAAGCUCCGUUUUUCUCCCACCGGUGACCCUCUUCCGAUCUCGCUCCAGACCACCGCUGCCGGCGCCGGCUGCUACCUCCAUUUCCGAUCUGGUGGUAUUCCAAGGUUCUAGCACUCCCAAACACCCUCGAAAUUUUGAAUAA